CAGACUCAUUGCUGCAGUGUUGGAAAAUUUGCAAAGCAUAACAAAAAAGAAUACAGCGAAAACGUUUAUAAAAUUUCUUAAGCUGACAAAAGUUUCAAUAAAUUAUUAAAAAUGGGUUCAUCGUCUGGAAAAAAACACAAAAAGGACAAGAAACACAGUCACCGCUCGCGUUCACGCGAACGACAACGUGCAACGGAUGAUGAUGUUACUCUGGAUCUCACGGACGACUCGACAUCGACGCGACACAGACACCACAAGCACAAGAAACACAAGGAGCAUCGACACAAGCAUCACAAGCAAAAGGAGCGUGAGCGACCUAGUGAGGUUAUAUCCCUGGAGGAGUCGGAUUCUGACAGUUCCGACUGUGUGGAGGUGCCGAUCGAACAAGUUGUUAAGGCGAAGGUGCGUGACUUGUCAGUGAAAGAGCGAGAGGCGCCUACUCGAGAAAGAGAGCCGUUGGUACGGGAUGCAUCUGGUCGCGAGGUAUUUGUCCGAGAGCGGGAACCAUCUGCACGAGAGAGGGAGCCGUAUGCACGAGAGCGAGAGCCAUCUGCACGAGAGCGGGAGCCGUCUGCACGAGAACGUGAGCCGUCUGCACGAGAACGUGAGCUAUCUGUUCGAGAGCGGGAAACACAUCUUCGAGAUCGCGAGCCACCUAGUCGAGAGCGUGAGCCAUCAGCGCGAGAACGAGAUCAUGAGAUAACAGCUCCGCCGCCACCGCAAAUAUCCAAGCAUUUGGACUAUGAGCGUGAGCGUCGACGAGAGCGUGAAAUAGAACGUGAGCGCGAAUCUCGUAAGCGAGCAAUAAAGGAGCGGGAACGUAUGCGUGGAAAUUCUCGCUCACAAUCACCAAUAGCCCCACAUCAAGUGCACCGCCAACGUUCCCAUUCACCCAAGGGAGACAACAGCGCUGGUCGUAAGCGUGGUAGGGAACGAGAGCCAGGUCGUGAACGUGAACGUGUGCGCUCACGUAGUCAUUCGCCUAUUCCGGAAAACGGAGCUGGGGAUGUGCUUUCCAUUGCAGAGACAAACAAGUUGCGUGCCAAGCUUGGCUUGAAGCCACUUGAAGUGGACGCGGGGCCAAGCAAGGCAGCGCCAUCUACCAGCAGCGAUAGUCAACAGGACAGCAAAAAAACUGGUGCCGAUCUCUCUUCAUACAAGGACGAAUGGGGCGAAUUCUUGCACAAGCCUGCCGAUAAUAUUAAAGAGAAAAAGGAGGCCGAAAAACUGCGUGAAAAGCUUAAGCAGCGGAAAGAGAAACGUUUCCUAGAAGAGCGCUUGGCACGCAUUCGCACACUCGGCGAAUCAGAUGAAGAAACGGACAAUGUGUCCAAAUGGGUUGAUCGCAACAAACGUGUCGUUAAUGAACGUGAGGAGGCACUGAGGAAGGCCAAAGAGCUAGAGGAACUUGAUGAGGCGUUCGGUGUUGCCGACAUAAUGGAGCAAGAGAAGCAGAAAGCUCGUCAACUGGCCUAUAAUGAUCGCAAUUUGAAGGGUUUGCGUGUCGAGCAUGAUAUGAAUGACUUUGGGGAGGGUCGAACAGUUAUAUUAACGCUCAAGGAUCAGGACGUGCUCAAUGAGGAAGAUGGCGACACUUUGGUCAAUGUCAACAUGCUUGAUGAUGAAAGAUACAAGAAAAAUGUAUCCAACAAAAAGCUUAACCCCCUUAGUUAUGGCUAUAAUGUAUAUGAAGAGCAAUACGAUGAGCUAGGCAAUCCAAUUGAACGAUCCAUACUUGAGAAAUACAAUGAGGAUCUCGAGGGUAAGCCCCAGAAGCGAAAGAACUUUGUAAUUGGAGAAAACGUUGAAGAGGAACGUGAGCACAGGCGCAAGCUGUUGGAAAUCAAGACAAAACUAGCUGGAAAACGCUUGGAAACGUUGGAGGAUACGAAUCUGAAAUUGGCAUCAGAUACAUUCAGUGUUCAGGAGCUUGCGACAUUUAAGAAGCCAAAGAAAAAAAUCAAGAAAUUGCGUCAGAAGCUAAAAGCGGAGGAUUUGGAACCAAUCGAUGAGUUACCGGGCUCCUCAAAUUUGGGCAGUCGUAGUAGAAGCCACCGUGAUGCUAAUGAAGAUGUUAGCAUGACAGAUGAGGUAAAGGCAGAAAUCAAGCUGGAAAAUGACGACGAUGAUUUGGAGCGUGUGCUGUCGAAGGCUCGCAAGCUUAAGCAAAAGGAAAACCUCAUACAAAAGUCUCUCCCCAUCGAUGUAGCCUCUAUUACGCACAACGUUAAGCCAGAGCCAGUUGAUGAGACUAGCGCCGCUGGCGAAAUGGUGCUUGGCACUGCCGACAGUAAUAUUGUGCUCAAUGCCACCGCAGAGUUUUGUCGUACGCUGGGUGAUAUUCCCACCUAUGGUAUGGCUGGUAAUCGUAAUGAGGAUUCCAAUGAUAUGAUGGACUUCGACAGAGACGAAGCUUUGGAUGAGCACAUGGAUACGAAUAUGGAUGAGCCUGCGUUAAGUCAUGGCACAUGGAAUUCGGUAAAUCCCGACGAAGUAAUGCAGCCCGCUGAUUUAGAUAAUUUAGGCGAUGAUGUCGAAGAGCGGGCUAUCUUAGAUGAGGAGCCUGAUGUGGGCGCUGGUGUGGCAAAUGCGCUGCGUUUGGCCUUAUCGAAGGGUUAUUUGGAAAAGGAGGAGAAGAAUCGACCUAGUAAUACGAAAAUGGCGCAUCUUCAGGCAAAGAACUACUCCAUUGAAGAUAAAGCUGCUGGUGAGGAUGACAAGAUCGGACGUCGAGAUCGUUUUCACGCUGGUCCUAUUAUGGACUUCAAGGACAAAGAAACAUUCAAACCCAAUGUCAAACUUGAUUAUAUUGAUGACAAUGGUCGAAUCCUGAACCUCAAAGAGGCUUUCCGCUAUUUGUCGCACAAGUUCCAUGGCAAGGGACCAGGAAAGAACAAGAUUGAGAAGCGUCUCAAAAAAAUGGAGCAAGAUGGCUUAAUGAAAACCAUGAGUUCCACGGACACGCCAUUGUGCACAUUAACUAUGCUGCAGCAGAAACAGAAGGAAACUAAGACGCCCUAUGUGGUGCUUAGUGGUAGUAAUAAAACCACCGCCGGCGUUAGCGGCGCCUCAAUAUCUAAGUUUAAGUAAACUGUUGGAUUCUGUUCCAACACUGACUACAACCAAAUGCAAUAGUAACUUCCAAAAUCACAACCUAAAUGCUUAUUGUAGUUGAUACACACAUAAGUUAGAUUUCAGACCCAUACAAUACACUUAACUACCCAACUUGCUUCACAUUCAAUAAAGCCUAACACUUUACUAAAGUACAAUAUAAACUUAUAUUCUUAAACGAAACUCAA